AUGCACUUCCUUAUGCAUGCUACUUUUGGGGCUUUGUACAAAAUAUUGGCAUUUCAUGCUUGCCUUCGGUGUACUUGGUGGAGUCGGCACAUCUUUACUCUUCACACCAGCACUCUCAGCAGUGAGCCAUUGGUUUCUCGAAAAGCGUGGCAGCGCCACAGGUAUUGCAGCGGCAGGCGGCUCGCUAGGUGGCAUCAUCUUCCCUCUCGCCUUGCAGAAGCUGUUUCCCAAAGUCGGAUUUGCCUGGGCGACGAGAAUAAUCGGAUUUAUCUUCAUCUUCUGCUCGGCCAUUGCAGUUCUUUUGAUCCGCUCACGACUCCCACCAAAGCCAGGACAGUCUGUUAUGCCUGACCUGCGCAUAUUUCGCUCGAAUCGAUCGUACCUGCUGCUUACCCUCGGAAUAUAUUUCAUGGAAUGGGCGUUAUUUGUCCCGAUUACCUACUUGACCACCUUCGCCACGUCGACUGGAGCGCUUUCGCCUGCCUUUUCUUACCAGCUCAUUGCAAUAAUGAACGCCGGAUCUUGCUUGGGGCGAUGGGCCCCUGGAUAUAUUGCCGAUAAGCUUGGACGCUUCAACUCGAUGAUCGCCGCACUUGCAGUCUGCACCGCAACGACCAUCACGCUCUGGCUGCCGGCAUCAAUCCUCACACCCCACACCGCCGCAGAAGCCACUACCAUCAAAGCGCUAUCGAUCGUCUACGCGGUGAUUUUCGGUUUUGCAUCAGGAUCUAAUAUUUCCUUGACGCCAGUCUGUGUCGGUCAGCUGUGCGAUACCAACGAGUAUGGCCGCUACUAUGCGACCUGUUACACAAUUGUCAGUUUCGGUACUCUGACAGGUAUACCGAUCGCGGGCAGCUUGAUCUCGGCGGCCGGUGGGCAUUACUGGGGAGUGGUGGUCUGGACUGGGCUGUGUUAUAUCGUGUCUUUGGGCUGCUUCAUCUGGUCGAGGGCUUGUAGGGUAGGGUGGAAGUUGCCGGUAAAGUACUAGGGCUGAAAGCCUUCAGGCCACCCGUUGCAUGUUCUGGGGUGAGCAGGACGAUCCGGCGAUAGGAUAGGCUGGGCAGGGCUUCGAAACCUUCCAGGUUUAGUUUUACAUUUGCUGUUUUGUUGUACGGUUUUUGGUACCUUGCAUAUAGAAAAGUCGAU